ACUUUGGGUUAUAGUACCUGCACCGGACCUGGCUGGAGCCUGACACCGGAGUUGUAAAACUAGAACGAGAAGCAAGGCGAAUUUGGAAGGAAAUGUGGCUGUUCAAAGCAUAUUUAUGAGGUUUUACUUUUACUAUUUUAUUCCUAACAGAAGAUAGAAUCGGUCGGAGAGUGUGGAUCAUAUGAAAACUUGGAUUGCCAUUGACUGAAUUGAAACUGAUACUAGUUUGUCUUGAACAUGACCAAACAACGAUAACUUGAUCUUCACAUUCUGAUAAAUAUUUAGUUGUCUGUUAAGAUAUAAAGUUAGUUACGUAUGUAAUAUUCGUUGGCAUCGGCAUCACUCUUAGGCACUGUCACCAUGGCGUCUGGACUCCGAAGACUACCAGUGCUUUUUCAACAGCCUUUUCGUCGAGCAAGCUUCGUAGACAGAGCAACCAAAGAUGCCAAAUCCAGGAACCCUUUGAAAUGGACUGACUACGGCGAUAGCCUUAAGGUAGCUAGACCCCCAAGGCACGCAGACAUUGUUGUGAUUGGGGGCGGGGUCAUGGGCUCCAGUGUGGCCUAUUUCCUGAGGCGGCAGGCUCAGGCAGGAGUAAGCGUUUGUGUCAUAGAGAGGGACAUGAGUUAUACCAGAGCUUCUAGUUCGCUUGCUGUUGGUGGGAUCAGACAACAAUUUUCAGUUCCAGAAAAUGUCUACAUGUCUCUAUACAGUGCACACUUCCUUCGGAAUAUCAAGCAAAAUCUUUGUGUCGAUGACCGAGAUCCUCCGGAUAUUCAGUUUAACCAUCAAGGGUACCUCACGCUUUCCUCUCAGGCCAAUGCUCAUAUCUUGGAACAGAACUUCAAGCUGCAGACUGAACUUGGUGCAAAGGUCGAACUUAUGUCAUCGAUGAGACUGAAAGAACGGUUUCCAUGGUUGAACACCGAUGAAGUAGAAAUCGGUACAUAUGGUUUAGAGAAUGAAGGUUGGUUUGACCCGUACCUUCUCACAAGGUCCUUCAAGCAGAAAGCAGAAUCCCUUGGAGCACAGUACUGCCUUGGGGAAGUGGUUGGCUUUGAAUGCAGCAAACUUGACAAACAAAUGAGUGUUCCAGGGUACUAUGUUGGCCAAGGAAAGAGGAUUAAGGCAGUCAAGGUUAGAAUGCCUAACAGCCCAGAAGUAAUCGAUGUCCAGUGCGCCUUUGCAGUGAUCUGUGCCGGCUCCUGGUCUGGCGAGGUCACGUCCACAUUGGGCAUCGGUCAAGGAACUGCUGAAGAAUUGAUGGAUGUUCCCUUGCCUGUGGAACCCAGGAAGAGAUAUGUCUAUGUGGCCCACUGCCCGGAUGGUCCUGGUCUCGAUUGUCCCAUGAUCGUCAACGUUGAUGGGGUCUAUACCCGGAGGGAAGGCCUUGGAGGGAACUACCUCAUGGGAUCUUGCCCACCAGAAGAGGCGGAACCAGACUGCGAUAAUCUCAAUGUAGAUUAUGAUUUCUUUGAGGAAAAAGUAUGGCCUUCAAUGGCAAACAGAGUUCCAGCCUUUGAAAAUUUAAAGCUAAAGAGUGCGUGGGCUGGUUUCUACGACUACAACACGAUCGACCAGAACGCCAUCAUCGGAACCCACCCUGCCUUUCCAAACCUCCUUCUUGCUACAGGAUUUAGUGGUCAUGGUAUUCAGCAGUCGCCGGCAGUUGGACAAGCAAUAAGCGAUCUUAUAUUUGAAGGAAAGUUUGUGGAGAUUGACCUGAACAGAAUGGGCUUUGAGCGAUUUCUCAAUAAACAACAUGUCAGAGAAUCAAAUAUCUAUUGAUUGCAGGUUGCAAUUGAUCGCAGUAUAAUAAAACAGGUGGUGUGCUUUUAUUGCGGCAAUCGAUCACUGGAAAAUAAAUGAUGUCAGUGGAUGGAUCGAAAGAGAACUAAAUGAUAGCAUUCUAUCUAUUGAUCGCUCAUGGCAAUGGAUUGCAGAAAUGAUAGCAUGCUAUCUAUUGAUCGCUCAUAGCAAUGGAUUGCAGAAAUGAUAGCAUGCUAUCUAUUGAUCGCGUACUGCAAUGGAUUGCAGGAAUGAUAUGAUAGCAUUCUAUCUAUUGAUCGCUUAUGGCAAUGGAUUGCAGAAAUGAUAGCAUGUUAUCUAUUGAUCGCUCAUAGCAAUGGAUUGCAGAAAUGAUAGCAUGUUAUCUAUUGAUCGCUCAUAGCAAUGGAUUGCAGAAAUGAUAGCAUGCUAUCUAUUGAUCGCUCAUAACAAUGGAUUGCAGAAAUGAUAGCAUGUUAUCUAUUGAUCGCUCAUAGCAAUGGAUUGCAGAAAUGAUAGCAUGCUAUCUAUUGAUCGCUCAUAGCAAUGGAUUGCAGAAAUGAUAGCAUGCUAUCUAUUGAUCGCUCAUAACAAUGGAUUGCAGAAAUGAUACCAUGUUAUCUAUUGAUCGCGUACCGCAAUGGAUUGCAGGAAUUAUAUGAUAGCAUUCUAUCUAUUGAUUGCGUACCGCAAUGGAUUGCAGGAAUGAUACGAUAGCAUUCUAUCGAUCGCUUUUACAGCAAUGGAUAACAAGAGAACUAAAUGGUAUCAUUUUAUCUAUCACUGAUUGCAAUGGAUUGCAGUAGAACAAAAUGAUGGCAUUUCAUCUUGUGAUCACUUGCAGCAAUAGCAUUUAAUCUAUUAAUCCCUAAUGGCAAUGGAUUGCAGGAGAGCAAAAUGAUGGCAUUUCUCUAGCGAUCGCUUGUAUCAAUGGAUGGCAGAAGAGCUAAAUUAUGGCGUUAUAUCUAUUAAUUGUUAUUAAUCUCAGGAGGACUAGGUUUUUUAAUAUUUUGAUCGCAUGUUGUAGUGAUUGAUCACAGUUACAAAAUCACUGGUAGAAAUAGAUCACAGAACUGAAUGGUUGCAUUUUAUGACCUCAAUUCUCAAAGGUGGUUCCAAAACCUUGGGUUACAUGUAUGCAAAUUUCAUUCAUUCAUGAUGCUUAUUUUCAGCGUGUUUAUUGAGAAAGAGUCUAAUAAUGAAGGCAAGAUUUUGUCAUAUGGUGCUUAAUCCUCACUUGUAAUUGUUACUGCAUGAAUUAGCAACUGUUUAUGUAAAUUAAUUGAAAUGAACAGUGGGUUCAUCAAUUCAAAACAGUAGGCUGACAUAUGUAACAAGUAAACAAUAUGCCGUGUGAUGAAAGCACAAAUUCAUUACUGGACACAUUUUGUACUGAAGUAAGUGUAAUAAAUGUAUGAAAUCUUAUUUUUCUUUUUUUCACCGUUGAUUCAAGGCCACCUCUGUAAAUUUGGGUCUGUUUGUUUUGGGGAUUUAAUUUCUGAAAAUAAAUAUAUUUGUACAUUCGUCUACUACAGCACAUGUGCAAUACUAAUGUAUUUCUCUGUGUCUCAGCAUCAUGGAUGAAAAUCUUUUUGAAAAGUUGACAGAAGAAAUGAAGAGACAGAAAAUUGUUUAGAACUAUUUGGAAACGAUAUACAUGUAGAACCUCUUGUAUUUUCCCCAGAUGAGUCUGAAAAGUUCAUCAUCAUCUGCUUAUUCAUCUCCAUCAUCAACAACAUCGUUAUCAUCAUCAUCGUCAACCUCAUUGUCAUCAUCU